CUAACACAACACUAACAGCAGCGGUCAAUUUUUGGGUCAGCUUUAGCAUCGCUCAUGCGGCUGAACAAUGGUUUUGGUCUGUCACAUCCAAGAGUCUAGCUUUUCGUGAGAUAUACUAGCUUACAGUGGUAUAUCUAACAAAACCCAUUACUCAACUAAGCUAUACUUGUUUGUAUCUAUUGCAUUGCGUUCGCUGCUCAAUUGGCUUCGCUACCGUGCAUGAACAUGAACGAGAAGAAGUUUAAACAUAGGAAUGGUGUGAGCAAAGCGAAAGAUGACUCAUUCAAUGGUCAUUUCUCCCAAAUUGACCCUUCGGAAACUUACCUGCUGAAGAUAAAAACAUGGAGCCCUGGAAAAAAGUCGCAAUGCUUCGUUACGCUCUAUCGUCACACGAAAAGCAAUAUAUCGACGAUCCAGCGAAAUUCGAGCUCGCUGCGGAAACGACUCUCGUGUUCGCACAACUCCUUGACUGAUUCGAUCAAAAAUAAGGCGGAUGAUUCAAUUUUUAUCACACAAGCCAUGUCCCACGAUGCGCUGGACGACAACAAAAUACUCGAUUUUUACAACGUUCCUCAUGACUCUGACAUCUACACUACACCAAUUGAUUUGAUCAGAAACACUUAUAAUGCUGGAUCUUCUUUAUAUCAAAAUCAGAAUGAUGCAUCCCAACGGAACAGCUGGAACAACCUAUUAAACUGCCGAGAUCAAAUCGCACCGUUUAAUGGGCGUAAGAGUAGCAAGUCACAAAUUAUCAUUGACCGAAAGUCUACUAAGCUAGCGGAAAAACACGCGAACGAUAAAUCGGACAGCAAGCGCGGAUCAAUAACGCACGAGAUACGUAGCACUCAGUGCAAGAAGUCGAAUUUCUCGAUCAACCUGAAACAAAAAUUUUGCAACAUAUUUCGGGUAAGCAGGCAGCAGCAUCACAAACCUUUUCUCAGCAACAAACGGUCGAUUAUCUGUAGUCGCGCUAAGGAGAAUGCGGUUGGCAGUAACGAGAAAAAAGAAUGUGCGUUUGGAAAAAAGGUAAACACGCCACGGAAGCUGCCGCCCCUUCCUGCCGCUGCAAACAUCAACUUAAAGUACUUGAUGGGAGACGGCAACGGGCAGAAAACGAAGUCAGAUGAAAGGAAACCCUCAAUGGACUUUGCAGCAAGCAUAGAGAAGGUCCAAGAGUUUGGCUGGUAUUGGGGUCCAAUAACGUCUGAAGGAGCAGAGAAAAUACUGUCGAAUGAGCCGGAUGGCAGCUUUCUAGUUAGAGAUAGCUCGGAUGACCAUUAUAUAUUUUCUUUAACGUUUAAGCUAAACGGAACUGUGCGUCACGUACGAAUAGAUCAGGAUCAAGGCUCCUUCUCGUUCGGAUCUUGUGCUAAGUUCAAAUCUCGUACCAUUAUGGAAUUCAUAGAAAACGCCGUCGAACAUUCCAGAAGCGGCCGAUACCUUUUCUUUCUUCACAGACGCCCGGAGUACGGACCCAUGCGUGUUCAAUUAACUAAACCGGUAUCUCGGUUCAAACAUGUGCAAAGCCUACAGCAUAUAUGCAGAUUUGUUAUUCACAAAACAAUCAAGCGAAAAGAUCUGAUACAGGCGCUGCCACUACCCAGAAGAGUGCUAGACUAUUUAAGCUACAAAAACUGUCUAUCGGAGUGCACAGAAGCGGACAUGAUAUGUAGCUUGGAAAAACCAAAUAUUCUACGUUAGAAUGUGAUGAAUGAGCAGCGUUUCUAUCCUGAUAUCCAAUUUGAAAAAAAUAAACAUAUACAAAACAGUACGU